AUGGCGACCACCGCGCUGAGCAUGAAGCUCCUGGUGGACACCCAGGCCCGGCGCGUGCUGUUCGCGGAGGCGAGCAAGGACGUGGUGGACUUCCUCUUCUCCCUCCUCGCGCUGCCCGUCGGCACCGCCGUCAAGCUGCUCGGGAAGGAGGCCAUGGUCGGCUGCGUCGGCAGCCUCUACGGCAGCGUGGAGAAGCUCGACGGCACCUACGUCCAGCCCGGCGCCGCCAAGGACGCGCUGCUCCACCCCGCCGUCCUCUCGCCGUCGGCCAGCAGCAAAAGCUCCCUCCUGGGCAUGCCGCCGCCGCCGUGCCCACAGGCGAAGGCGUUCUACAGAUGCAGCAGGCAGUGCAACUGCUACAGCGACGGAUAUGACGGCAGCAGCAGCCAGCAGGCUAGAUGCAACAGCUGCCGGACUUACAUGACGGAGAGUUACGGCACCUACUGUCCAUCGUGUAAGAACCAGAUGACCACGGCCUUCACGGUCGUGCCGUCGGCCGCGUCCGGAGGCGAGGUGGCGCAGGCGGCGGGCGGCGUCAGCGGGAAGGGGUUCGUGCAGGGCAUCGUGACGUACACGGUGAUGGACGACCUCACGGUGACGCCCAUGUCCUCCAUCUCCAGCAUCACCCUGCUCAACACCUUCGCCGUCAGCGACCUCAGCGCGCUCCAGGAGAAGACCGUGCAGCUCGGCUAUGACCAGGUGAUUAUGAAUCUCAUCAGCAGUAUCAUACUCCAUUCGAUAUGUCUUCGUUAA